GAUAAAGGUGAAUUUUAUUAAUAAUAGAUACACAGGAUUGGAAGAGAAAAACAGAGGAAAAAUAAAAAAUCAAACUUUUUCUUAUUUUGAACUAGUUAAUAUGUGCCGCCAUAUUAUCAAAUAAUAUAUUGUAGUAUAUUCAUAUGCGGUUGCUUUGAAAGUUCCGUGUUCUGUCAAAUAAAGUUUGUCAUAAUAAUAUUGUUAUUUAUUGCAAGUGUUUGACUUGAUAAAUCAUUAUAGUAUAGCGUGAAUUCUAUUAUUUUCUUCAUUAUAAUAUCGUAGACAUUUUUUACGUAUAUCAUGGCGAUCUAUUUCAUUAUUAUCUCAGCGUUCAUUUAGAAGGUUAACUUUCUUCUCGAAAAAGAAAGAAAGAAAGAUAUAAUAACGAUAUUAUAAUUGAAGUAGUGAUGAAAUAAAUGAGUAAUGAUAAAAACUCAUUAAGUGAAAUAUUAAAGAGGUUCAAUGCACUUUCUUAUUCAUUAGUUCAUUAGUAAUGAAUAGAUUCAAUACACAUAACCAAACAUAAUAUUUCAUGAUAUGUAGAUAGAUAAACAUUUUUUACUUGAAUAUUUGUCUAAUUAUAAGUAGCAAAAUGUUGACAGAACAAAUUGUAAUUUCUGAAUCAUCGAUUGGUGAAGCAUUACCAUUAGGAUUUAUAACCGCUGAAGAUGGUCGAACUCUUUUAGCAGUAGCAGAACACGAAGAUGGUGUUUUAGCAAUUAUGUCAACACCUGUAGUAUUUAUGCAACAGAAUAAUAUUAUUUCACCGUCAUUAGUUAAAACUAUAGAUGGAAAUAUGAUUAUGCAUCCUCCUGUUUUUCAAAUAAGUAUAGAAGGUCUUACUGGGAUUCAACAAGGUGCUAUAUUACCAAUACAAACAUUAGAAACAGUUCCUGCUGUUAUGGAAGAUGCAUCAAAUUGUGUAGAAUCUACAGUUCCUUCGUUAAUAGAUUUAACAAUAAAUAAUAACGAACAAAACUUUUCUUCCGAGUUAAAUACAAGUCAAUCAACCGUUCAAAAAAAUAAUACUAAGCGUAGCCCUGGUAGGCCAAGAAAAAAUGAAAUCAUUUCAUCUUGUAAUGCGGAUGAUAUGAAAUGCAAUAUAUGUGGACAAGAAUUUGAUAAACAAUCUUUAUAUCGAAAACAUAUGGAUCAACAUGCAGAAGAAAAACCACAUCGUUGUCCAAAGUGUUCUGCAUCCUUUAAUAUUCCGACAAAUUUCACGCUUCAUAUGGCAACGCAUAAUACUGGAGAACCAAAAUGUCCCGAAUGUGGUAGAAAAUUUGCUAGAAUAGCUAGUUUAAAAUCUCACAUGUCGUUGCAUGCGAAAGAAGAAAAUCUUUUUUGUACAGAAUGUGAAGAUGCCUUUCCAACGAAAGCUCAAUUGGAUGCACAUUUGAAAUUACAUGGAGAAAAAUCAUUGACGGAGGAAGUAAGAAAGUGUAAGAUUUGUAAUAAACAAUUUGUACAAUCAGCUUUGUAUAGACUUCAUAUUCGUGAACAUUAUAAGCUGCGUACGAAGAUCGUUAAACAGACGAAAAAGGGAACGAAACAUAAGAUUAUGUAUAAAUGUACGAUAUGCAUGAAAUCAUUUCAAAAACCUAGUCAACUAAUGCGUCAUAUUAGAGUUCAUACAGGAGAGAAACCUUUUAAAUGUAACAUCUGUAGUAGAGCAUUUACUCAAAAAGGUUCUUUACAAAUUCAUAUGUCACAACAUGAUGGUAUAAGACCACAUACAUGUACUCUUUGCAAUGCAAGAUUUAGUCAAAAAGGAAACCUAAAUGCCCAUAUUUUAAGGGUACACAGUGCUCCUGAAGGAGAAUCUAUAUAUGGAUGUACUUAUUGUCCUUGUAUUUUUAAAAAACUUGGCAGUCUUAAUGGUCAUAUGAAAAGAAUGCAUUCGAAUAUGACAGAAGAAACAACAUCAAAAUGCGAAAGUUCUACGGAGGCUGAUAUGCGAGCUACAGUUGAUAGUGUCAUAUCACAACUAGCAUCCUUGGAAUCUGGCAUUACUAAUGUAGAAAAUUCUACUCAAUCUGUAGCUACGAAUGAAAAUAGAAGUGAUAUUUUACAGGAAGCAUUAAAUAUUAGUGGAUUGCCUAGUAAAGAAAAAAGUCCUACUAAUGAAACAAUAGAUUCAAAAAAAGCUGAAGCCAAAACAACAUUCGUUACUUUAUUGGAUAGAGCACCAGAUGGCACAAUGAGAAAAUAUUUAACUAUAAGACAACGAUGUAUAGGAAAUAUACGAUGGUAUGCAUGCUCUUUCUGUCACAAAGAAUUUAAAAAACCAUCAGAUUUAAUACGUCAUUUAAGAGUACAUACUCAAGAAAAACCAUUUAAGUGUUCAUAUUGUGUUCGUUCAUUUGCAUUAAAAUCAACGAUGAUUGCACACGAACGUACUCAUACUGGUACCAAGAAGUAUGCUUGUGGUUUGUGUGAUAAAACUUUUGCAUGUCAUAGUAGUCUUACUACUCAUACAAGAUUACAUACAAAACCUCAUCAAUGCACUGUAUGUGAUAAAUCGUUUAGUUCUAGUGCUGUUUUAAAAAGUCACAUGAAAAGUCAUACUAAAGGAAAAUCAAAUCUUUCACCAGAAGCAGAAAGUUUAGUGCCACAAAUAGUUUUACAAGAGCCAUUAGUUAUUAGCGAUGCUGGAAAUAAGAUCAGCGUGGCGCAUGUACAAUCAAAACAAAAGCAUGUUUAUGACAGUGCAGAUGUUGCAAGACCACACAAAUGCUGUGUAUGUCAUGCAGCGUUUAGGAAAAUUAGUCAUUUAAAACAACAUUAUCGACGGCAUACUGGAGAGCGUCCUUUUAAAUGCACAAAGUGUGAUAGAAGAUUUACAUCUAAUAGCGUUCUUAAGUCACAUUUGCAUACACACGAUGAUACAAGGCCAUACAGUUGUACUGUAUGUAAUACCAAGUUUUCUACCCAAAGCAGUAUGAAGAGACAUUUGGUCACUCAUAGUAACAAUAGACCAUUUAUGUGUCCUUAUUGUCAUAAAACCUUCAAAACUUCAGUUAAUUGUAGAAAACAUAUGAAGAUACAUAAGAAUGAACUUGCACAGAGACAAUUAGAACAACAAAAGAAACAACAACAAAUAAAGGAUGUACCAAAGACAUUAAAUAAAGAUAAGGGAACUAUUUUACCAGAGAAUAUAGCACUUUCAGAAGAAAUGGAAGUAUCAUUUCAACCACAAAUGGCACCUGAUUUUGCAUUAGCUUUUUCCGAUCAAUUUCAAAAUAUAACCGAUAAAGAAAAAACAUUUUUAACUACAGACAGAACACAGCCAGUUAUCAAUCCAAGUUUAUCUACAAAUUUGUCUACAAUAGAAACUAAUAAUUUAACAACAUCGCAAACUUUAAAUACCGAUGAAACAGCCACUAUUACAAUUCCUAAUUAUACAGGGGAUCAAUCGCUAACACCUGAAAGUAUACGCGAAAUAGAAGAAACAUUUAAUCAACAAUUAUUUAAUAUUGGAAUGAAUCUUGGCUUAGGAAGCAAUCUUUCAAGACCUGUAGAUGAUACAAACGCAAAUACUCUUGAACAAAGAGAACAACCUGUUUUGAAUAUUAUUUAUGAUAAUAAUAAAAACUUAGAGUCGUCCGUUAAUACAAUGUUCUCAUCGCAAUUUGAUUCAUUUGAUAUUAGCCAGAUUACAUUACAACCUGAUUCUGAAAUAGACAUUGGACUCAAUACAGACAAUUCUGCAAAUAUAGCUAAUAUUUUAACUAGGUCUAUACAAGAUAGACAAGAAAUAAGCACUAUUGCUAUUGAAAAUAAUACAAAUGACAAUCAUAUUAAAACACCUAAACAAUUAAUGAUAUUGGAUUCCACCAAACAAACUGAAUCUGAUGCCUUAAAACUGCCAGAACAACAAUCUUGUCCAAGAUAUCCGAAAGUUAUAGCUAAAGCAGAUACAACGGAUACAACAACAGAUAUAAAAAUUAUAAAUUUAACAAAUAAUACUGAAAUACAGAUGAUUAAUGAUUGUAAUGAAAAACAUCAAGAAAAUAUCGUAUGUCACGAACAUGGAAAUAAUACUUUGCAUAUAAAAUGUGACUUAAACAACGACAAUUUUCAAGAUACAUUACAAUUAAAUGCUCAUUCUAAGUUACAUUCAAAUAUCAUUUAUACAGAUAUUAAUGAAUGCAACAUUAAAUGUGAUUCUUUACUUCAAUGUCAUAUAUGCAGUGAACAAGGCUUUACUACAGAAGAAUUAAAGGAACAUUUACAAACUCAUCGUGGAACAAAAGGCUUCCAAUGUACAAUAUGUUCUCUUAAAUUUUGUACUAGUGGUGGACUUAGCAGACAUUUAAAAUUACAUAAAAGUAAAGAACAAUGGAAGUGUACAAUUUGUCAACGAGUUUUUGUUAGCAAGAUCCAAUUGAAAUCUCAUCAUAAAAUGCAUUUUAAUAAACUUAAUUCUGAUUCAUUAGAAGUGACAGACAGUUCGCAAAAAGAAAAUAUUUCUAUUGAUACAAGUCUUUCUAUCGAUUCUACUUCAAAUAAUAAAAUAUCUUUUGGUAAUAACAAAACUUCCAUAGAGGAAAAUAUUUCUUUAGAUGAUAAAAUGGGCACCGAUUCAUCAGUGUCAGAAAAAGUUCUUUUAGACAUAGUAGCGGAAAAAAAGAUCAUGGAUCAAAUAGAUGGUGGUGUAGAGAAAAAAGAAACAAAAGAAUAUAUUAAUAAAUGUAAAUACUGUCCUAAAACAUUUCGCAAACCAAGUGAUCUUAUAAGACACAUUCGGACACAUACUGGAGAACGGCCAUACAAAUGCGAACAUUGCAAUAAGAGUUUUGCAGUUAAAUGUACAUUGGAUUCUCAUAUGAAAGUUCAUAGUGGCAAGAAGACAUUUUGUUGUCAUGUUUGUAAUAGUCUAUUUGCUACAAAGGGUAGUUUAAAGGUUCACAUGCGAUUACAUACUGGUUCUAAACCAUUUAGAUGUCAAAUUUGUGACCUAAGAUUUCGAACUUCUGGUCAUAGAAAGGUACAUUUAUUAAAACACGUGAGACAACACAAAGGUACAACAAAACGAAAACCAAAGCACAUGAAAGUUUCUGCCGUAACUGAAGCAAGUCUUGAUUUAGAGAAAUCGGUUAAUGAAGGUGUAGUGCAUUUAGUAACAACUGAUAAUGAUGUAUCUACAUCGUCAAAUGUUGAUUAUUCAAAUUUAGAUACAAUUAGUAUUGAUACUAAUAAUUUGGUCAGUCAGAUUAAUUUGAAUAACGAAACGAUGAUAUUAAAUAAUAGUUCGAUAGUAUCGUUAAAUGAGAAUAAUCAAUUAGUAGCAAAUUUGCAUUUCUUAUUAGCAAAUGGAUUUGUUACUAUUCAAACGGAUGAAACUUCAUCACCACCACAACAACAACAACAACAACCACCACCACCAUCUCUACCACCAGUAGAAGCAGCAGUACCACCACCAUUAGUACCUAUUUCGGAUGCAAAUGUUAUUCAGAAUGAGAAUAAAUUACCAGAAUAUGUUAAUGCUACACCUAUACAGGAAUCUUAUAUUGAUAUAGAAGAUACUAAACACGUUGUUAUUAAAAAUGAAACAUCAACAACGGCAGUCCUUCCAACAAGUCAUGUUUCAAUAGAGCCAAAUAUAGAUAUCAAUAUGACACAGUUAGAAUAUACAGACAUUAAACCAGUUAAAACAGAAGUUACAUUGAAGAAGCAAACAAAUAAUAAGAGUAAUUCAUCAAAACAAAGAGCAUGUGAUAUUUGUGGAAAAACAUUUAUGAAGCCAUAUCAAGUAGAAAGACAUAAACGAAUUCACACGGGUGAACGUCCAUUUAAAUGUGAAUUAUGUACCAAAUCAUUUGCCCAAAAGGCAACAUUACAAAUGCAUCAAAAACACCAUACAGGUGAUCGGCCACACGCUUGUCCACGUUGUGAUUUUACAUUUUCUCAAAGGGGAAAUUUACGAACACAUUUAAAACGUGUUCAUCAAGCGGAUCUUAUGAGUGCUAAAAAAUUAAAAUCAAGUCAACAAGUUGUAAGUGCUAAAUUAAUACAAAAUAAUUUAAGUGAAACAAAAAUUCUAAGUUUAGAUGAUAUUGCCUUUGUUCGGUUUGUAAAAUAAUCAAUUUUUUUUUCUUUCUUUUUUUUUUUUUUAAGAUAGACUAACAUCUUCAAAUGCUAAAUACGCUUAAACUCCUCUAAUCCUGUCUGAGAUAUCAGAUAGACCUCUUUUUCACUGCUCUAAUUAUGAAAGAUUAACAAAGGAAGAAAAAACAGAAAUAAUAUUAGACUGAUCUCUCUGUCUUUGCAUUGAGAAAUUUUGUAAAACUCGCUGUGAUGUAUAUAUUGUAUACACUGAUAACACUAAAAUAGUAAACUUAUAUUCUACGGUUUAUUAAAAUCCUGAGAGUCAGUUAUUAUUUUUAAGUGUUCUAUAAUGCUAAACCUAUCUGGUAUUACUAAGAUGACAAACAUUUUCUUUGAUAAGUUGUAUUAUCUUUAUUUGAUACGUAAAAAUAUAACUUGUACAUAAAUUACUACUGUUUGUAAUAAAACAUAUUACAGAAUUGAA